AUGGAAUGUAACGUUUUAGAAGAAGACACAUGUGAUAUGAGUGAAUCGAAUAUAAUAAAUAAAGAAAAUGGUACAGAAAAAAAUUAUUUAGAGGAUGAAAAAAAUACGUCGUGUUAUAAUAGUCAUUCGUCCGUAAGUGAUGAUGGUUCCUUAGACGUAGAUUGUGAUAAUACACAAAAAUCAAAAUAUUAUACAGCUCGUUCAAGAAUUAGGUAUACCAAUGACAGUAAAUAUUAUAAUAGUAAUAAUAGUAAUUAUAAUUUUCUAGAUGGAAAUUUUUCCAGUGAUGUUUUUUGGAGUGUAAAUGUGAAUUCUGUAGAUACAGGUAACUACAAUAGUGCAGCAAUAGAAAGGGGAGCACUGUUAAGAAUUAACGAAAAUGAAAACAAUUACUUUGAUUUUAAUAGUAGUAUCAUUCAUAACAAUAUUAACAAUAGUAGCAACAAUAACAGUAACAUUAAUAGUAACAUUAACAGAAAUGGUAGUUAUAGUUUUAAUAAUAGAAGGAGUAGAAAGGCACGAACACGUUCACUUAAGAAGGGAUGGAAAUGCUAUGAUGACAGUGUAGCACAACAAAGAAAAAGGUAUAGAGUACAUAGUACGGAUUUCAAGAAUAAAGAUAAAGGUGAUGAUAGCAGUGAUCGUAGAAGUGAUCGUGAUAGUGAUCGCGGAAGUGAAGAUAAUUAUAAUUAUAGGCAUAGUUAUAGUCAAAGAUAUAAUCAUAUGUAUAGUCACAGGUAUAGUCAUAGUUAUAGUUAUAACUAUAAUCGUAAAUAUAGUCCUAAUAAUAAUGAUAGUCAUAGUGAUAACCAUAGCGAUAAGUAUAGUGAUAGGCGUAAUGAUAAACACGAUGAUAUGCAUAUUGAUAGCCAUAAUGAUAAGCACAUUGAUGAUGAAAAAGGACACGAUCACAAUGAUGAUUAUGUAUUAAAACUAGAUAACUCGAACAUUAGUGCAGAUCAACAUUUGACAGAAAUGAAUAAUGAUUUUAAUUCUAAUCAAAAAAAAAAUGGUGAGAAAAAAAUGUUCGAAGGCCCAUUUCUGAGUGUGUUAAAUAAAUUUAAAAGAAGUAUAAAAGAAAAUGUUAUAGGUAAAAAAAUAUGGAAUAAUCAAAAUUCAUUUAAUUCUUUAGAUGAAGAUAUAUCAAAAAAUGGUCAAAAUUUACAGACGAAUAAUUUAGAUGUUACUAGUAAUGAAUUUGAAUCGUCAUGUAGUCAUAAGAAAGAUCAUGCAGUUAUGAAUAGUAACGAUACGAAAAAGAUAGGAGAUGUAUAUGGACAGUUCAUAAAUGACAAGGCACAUUCUAUUAAUGAUAGAAGUAAAAAUGGAUUAUAUGAAAAAAGUAUAUAUCCAACAAACGAACUAGCACAGCGUCAAAUAGCACUAAGUACAACUCCUUCCAGUAUAGCUAACAGUAAUGAUGGCAGAAAUAUUAACAUGAAUAAUUGUGCAGCAAAAAAAAAAAAUACGGAACAUCAGAGUGAUCCCAUAAACAAUCAGAAUGAAAGAACAACGCGUUUGAGCAGCCAGAAUGAAGAAUGGCUAAGUGAAAGCCAGCAUUUAAUAUCAAGUAAGCGAAGGGGGGUUUGCAUAAGUAGCGACGUCGAAGGAUACGAUUAUUCCGUAAAGAUUAACGCAAGUGCCAAUGUUAAUAAAUAUGAACAUGACAAAUUAGAAUUAUUCAGAAGAAUCGGUAGAAGCAAAAAAGGCAGAAAAAGCAGGAGAAGGUAUAUCACUGAUGAAGAAGAAGAUAUAAUAUCAUACGCAGCGAAUUCCAUAGAUAAGCAAACAGGUGAGAGUAAAGAUGCUGAUUUGCUGUUUGAAAAUAGGAAUAAUAAUGUAAAUGGUAAAAAUGAAAACAAUUUAGAGCAAGGUGAAAGGAAGUUCAUUACAAUGGAUGAAGAUGUAAAAAAUGUUCCUUUACAUUUUAUAAAAAGUAGUGAUGAAAAGAAUAUGCAACUAGAUGAUAUCAAUUAUGAUGUUGAUUUUGUCAAAUUGAAAAAGGAUAAAACAAGAGACAGCUCUUACAGAAAUGCAUAUGAUUCUAAUAUCGUUUCAACCAAAAAGGACAAAUAUUUUAACGAAGAAGUAGAAUACAGUAAAGGGAAAAAAAAAUUUGUAAAAAGAGGGCGUGCAUAUCAUCUUGAUAAGGAAAAUCAAAGUGAUGAAGGGAAAAAUACGCCGUGUUAUGCGAACAAAAGUUUGCAUGAACGAGACCAGAAUAAGGAGGAUAAAAAUAUCAUAAACAGUAGAAAUGGUAGUAGCAGCAUAAUUAGCGGAAGCCUCAGGCAUAUGUUAGGAGAUAAUACUACUGUGUUUAGUAGAAAUAACAGAAGCUAUUCAAAUAUUCACAUGGAAAGCAACCACAGCGUAUUUGACCAUAACAACUAUAUGGAAGUGUGCUAUAAGGAUGAAGUGCAUAACAGGUUAAAUAUUAUAAGUGAUGAAAAUUUACUAAAAUUAAUAUUACAUUGUUCAGAAAUGAAAAAUUCCCAAUCCGAUGGAAUGGAAGAUAAAAUAAUCGAAAAUUUUAUUAACAGUCAUAAAAAAUCUUUUAAUUUUUAUGUACAAAACAGUUUUAUAAAUGUAUGUUCAAAAUGCAAAGUGGAAAUGGAGUUAUCAAGUUUCCCCUUUUUAUGUUUUGAAUGCUUUAUUAAACAGUGGAAUGUAAGGGCUGGGACGAAGAAAAAAAGAGAAAAUAUUUCGGAUCAAACAUGUGCAACUGGUGAAUUUGAAGAGGCCUUUGAUGAGUAUAAAAAGAUCAGUGAUGAGUUUAAAAGUGAGAACAGUAAUUUUAAGAACACCAAGAAUGAGUUUAAAAAAAUUAAUAAGUUCAUUUGCAAUUUUUUUAAGGAACUAGAUAAGUUGAAGAAGGAUUUUCAAAUGGAUGAUGAAGACAUAUAUUUUAUGUUUAGUGAAAUGCAGAAAUGUAAUUUAUGGGUCCCAGAAAAAAAUAUAUGUAAUAUUUUUCUGAACAUGUUUAGAAAUUUUAACAAUAUGGCAAAUAAUAAUUCGCAGAAAGUAAAAUUUUUAAAAAAGUUUUUCAAAGAGAAUUGUGAAAAAUGUGUGAGCAGUAAUUAUAAAGAGGUAACAAAUGAAAAUAUUGCGCUUAGUGACUGCCUCGUUCUGCAGGAUAGUCAUGGCAAUAGGAGUAAUAGCAACAGCAAUAACAACAGCAAUGGAAGUACCAGUUGUAGCGGUAGUAACAAAAUUGAUGAAGUGCAAAAUUUUUUUAACUAUUUCAAGAAGAGAAAAAUGAAAACACGGGAUGCGUGUUGUUACCCCAUGAGCAGAAAGCAAAAGGAUCAAGUUUUGUAUAUAAUUAAAUACAAUAAUGAAAGGUUAAGAAAAAACAAAAAUGUAGUUGUAAAGCGUAUAUAUAAAUUAAAACAUACGUGUAAAUUUUUAUUGAAAAUUAAUAUAUUCUAUUACCAUCGUUCUUGUGUUUAUGGAAAUAUCAUGAAACGUGGUAAAUCUCUUUGGAAAAAUAAAGUUAAAAUUAUUUAUAUGUCAAAAAUGGUAACUACGCGAAAAUAUGGGGAUCUAAAUGUAGUGAAAAGUCGAGGAAAUAAAAGUAAUGUCAAUAAAAAUGAUAAGAUGUUACAUGUUGAGAAAGAUAGUAUUAAGUUCAGCAGUAGUAUGGUGAUCGGGGAAGGUCAAAAAAGAAGUACAUUAAACGAAUACUUUGAUAACACAUAUAUCAAAAGAAGAGUGUAUUUAACUACAGAGGAUGAUUCUAUAAAAUGCGAUAAAAGGAAUAUAUUGCUCAUUGAAAACUCCAUGUAUGCACUGGAGGAAUACCAUGGGGAAAGUAGUAAUAGAAGUAUCAGUAAUCGAAGUAAAAAAAAUCAGCGUGACUACAGUGGCCAUGGUAGCAGUGAUGAACAAAAUAAAAGGAACAACUACUUUAAAAAAAACUACCAGGAGAACGCUAUGUUGUCAUAUUAUGAUAAUUGUGUUGAAGGUGAAAAUGAAACUGAUUUAAUAGAAUUUGAUGAUCAAAUAUAUAUGGCGGAAAACAGCGACAAGGAAGAGAACAUUUCGUUUGUUCAUAUGGAAGGAAAGGUUUUAAAUGAUUACAUAAUAAUGGCAAAUAAUCUAGAUAAAUUUAUAACGGAUAUAACAGAAGGUAUUAGUACCAUUAACGAGUAUAAGUUUAAGCAUUGUGGAACUAAAAGUAAAUUAAAAAAUGAGUUUUAUCUACCAAAUAUUAUAACACAAAAAGUUAUACCUCCCUUAAUUGUACCCUUAAAUAAGAAGUAUACCAACUUAUUUUAUGAAUUACGAAAUAGUGAUUUUAUAAAUAUCGAAAAUAUUGAUUAUUAUAAAUUGUUUAUGCUAAAAAAGAACAUUUCAAAUUUUUACAUCGAUAGAAGUAAUUGUAAUAGUAGUAGCUGUAUUAGUAGGUGCUUAAGGAAUGUAGAAGCAGGAGGGGGGAGCUUACUCGAGUGUUACACGAAUAGUAGAUAUAGCACAAGCAAUUGCGGUGGUGGUUGUGUCAGUGGUUGUAAUGGUAGUUGUAAUGGAAACUAUAAUGGUAAUUGUAGUGUUAAUUGUAGUAUCAACUGUAGUAUCCAUUGUAGUAGCAAUUGCAAUAGCAACUGUAAUAGCAGUAGUAAUCAUAGCUUUAAUAACAUACACAGUAACAGUUCAUUCAAUUCUAAGGUAAAUCACAAAAAGAACAACGAAAUGAUUGAAUUGUAUAUACCGAAUUUCUGGAGGAGCAUAAAAAGUGUAAAUGAGAUUAAGUCAGUUGUCACAGGGAAUUCAGAUGAUUUUUAUUUCAAACUAUUAGUUCAUCCGAGAGGUAAUUCUAAUGAUGAUAAUUAUUUAUCUGUUUAUUUAGAAGUAAUAAAGCAAGAUUUUUACCCAGCUGAAUGGAUUUUUCCAAAUGUUCGAUUUCAGUUAACUGUUCAUAAUUUUAAAUCAAAAAAAAAUUCAAUUUCUUCUUGGGCCUAUUGGUCAUUUACGAAUAAUUCUUUAUCAAGAGGAUGGCAGAAAAUGAUAAACCAUUCAAAAAUAAAUAAGUCAACAGGUUUUUUAGAUGAAUCAGGUGGAUUGUUAAUUAAAGGAAAAGCAGAGAGAUCUUUUAAAGAAUUAUGGUCCAAAUGUAUUCAUCACGUGCCAAAGCAUUUAUGGAGUUAUAUGCCCGAAAAAUUUUUUGCAAAUUUUGAACAAGGUGAUCCUUUACUUCAGUUCUUGUUCAAAAAAUCGUAUUUUAAAAAGUGUAUAUACUUUCUUGAAAGAAAAGGGGGGCAUAACAGUGGUAACAGAGGCAUUAAUAGAGAUAGGAACAAAAACAGAAAUAAUAAUAAUAAUAGCAGCAAUAAGAAGAAGGCAAUUGAUAAAAAUAACGCCAUUAGUAGGAUAAACCGAGAGUUGCUACGUUACAGCAAGAAUUAUAUGUACAACCGAUAUGCAAUAGAUAUAUAUAAUUUUUCCCUAUUUUGGUCACCUCAAUUUGUUAAAAGUUACCUGAACAGUUCAGAAAAUUUUGAAAAAUGGGGAAAUUCAUUUUACCAAAAUGUGCAUAAUAUUAUUACUAGUACAGGUAGAUCAUGUAACAUAAGAAGUGGAAACUAUGGAAAUAUGAUGGACAGUAGUUGCAAACAUAAUAACAAAAAUGCACUUCAAAAAUUAAACAAGAAACAUAUGAACUUAAUGUCCGGUAUCGAUGCUGCAUACAAGAAUAUGCAUGUAUAUGAUGAAUUGAUUAGGAAAAAUAAUCUGAACGAAUUAAAAAUGAUUACAACAGAGGAAAGGGAAAAAGGAGGUGAGGUCAAAAAUGAUAACAUAUUUGUGGACAACAGAAGACAUAUUUUAUCCUUAACAAAUUAUAUUGUUCCUGUUGUUGAGUCUUACAAUGAUAAUGAUAAUUUAUCCAUUUUAGUGAAUUGUUUAUAUAAUAUAGAGUUAUUUAAAAUUAUUGUUUUGAGAUAUAAUGCAAAUUUGUAUAAUCGAAUUUUAUCGAAAUAUAUUAAAAAGAGAAAACAAGAAAAAAAAUAUAAAUUGAAGUAUGUUAUAAAUAAAUACAGCUUAAAAAACGGUCAUACCAAAAAUGAUAUAUUACUGAAAAUAAAAGAAUAUGACAAAAAUAAAAGCAAAAGUGAUGAUAAUAGUAAUAACAGUAUUAAUUCCAAUAUGUAUAACAUUAAUAAUAAUGUUAAUAGUAAUACUAAUCAGUACUGUUACUAUUAUGAUCAGUCAUCUUUGAAGAAAAAAAUUCUGAGCAAGCUAGAAAUUAUUAACGACAAAGUGCAUUAUUUGAAUUAUUACGUGGAAGAUAAAAUUAACAACUUGAAUAAUGUCAUACAUCAUAAUAGUAACAAAUUUUUUAGCACAUUUGACAUUGAAAAUAUUCGUACAAUUGUGAAUGUUAUCAGUAAGCAGGAGGAAGGGGAAAAGACAAACUAUACCAUUAUUAACAUGAACAGGUACAUAAAUUAUAUUAACAAUAAAAUCAACAACAUGAAUAGUAAUAUAAUUAAUAGAAGGAAUAACAAAUUUAAUAUAAAUUACCUGUGUAAUUUGAAUAUAAUUAAAGCAAACAUAAAUAGCAUAAAUAACAACAUAGACGAGGUUAAUCGCAGCAUAAAUAGCAUGCCAUGUAUCGGCAUAGUAACGAAGCUGCGCAAAAAUGAUAACAACGUACAAGAAAAUGAUAAUGUUAGCGUUAACGGUAACAAUAACAGCAGCAAUGAUGUUAUUAGUUCAGAAAUUAUAAAUAGUAUUGUAGACCCUUUUUCUAAGGAAAAGUUCAAUGCAACAGACUUAAAUAAAAGUUAUACGAGCAACGUAUCCGAUGACAAUAGUAAUAAAAAUGAACAGUAUUGUAUUAAGGACUAUUUAGAAUUUCUGCGCAAAGAUUUUGUGGAUGAUCCAAAUGAGUUAAAAAAUAUGUCUUACCGAUAUGCGAGUGAUGUGAAAUCUUUUAAUAUGUUUGAAUAUUUUAGAAAAAAUAGUAAAAAUGUUAUUAUAGCUUUGCAAAGGAUUUUUGUGUGCAUGCAGUUGUACUCUUUAAUUCUUUGUGCUAAGAAGGGCAAGGAACAUUUUGAAAAAAAUAACGUGCAUAAUUUAAGUCAAAUGUUUUAUAAGGAAGAAGGCAAUUCGGACAUAUGUAGUAGUAGUAAUAGCAGCCGCAGCAGUGCUAGCGGUUGUAGUAGUUGCUGUAAUGGUACUAGUGGUGAUGUUAGUGGUAGUACUAGACAAAGUGCAGAAGAUACCCUAUUGAAGAAGAUGCACAAUGUGCGUGGAAAAAGUAAAAAAGAUGUUAAUGAAAAUAAUUAUGCAUGUUUUGAUGAAAGCUCUUACUCCUCCGCAGUUUCAAAUGCAGUGUAUAUUACGACGACGAAUCGAGAUGAGAAAGAAGAUGAUAUAAUUGAUAAGAACAAUAGUAGUAGUAAUAGCAGUUACAAGAAAGAGGACGCCCUUUCGAAUAAAAGGAAGGAUGGUGCAGAGACAAAAAUAGACGUAGAUGAGCCAGAUAGUAAGACAAAAAGAGAAAAAAAUGAUAAAAAUAUGGACAACAAAGGAAAAAAUUUUUACAGAGGAGAAAAGGAGAAUUUACUUGAAAAUGAGGAAAAUUGUUUGAAUCGGAAGCAUAAUGGUAAGGAAUUGAAUAAAGACGAUGUAAAUUAUUUUAAUAAUUUAGAAUUGUAUAAAAAAAAUUGUUUAUAUUAUUAUAAAAAUGCCCUUUUUUAUAAUACUGUUUACUCGGGUGAUGAAUACAACAUGACUUUAACAGGAGAUGACUGUGUGAAAAGGAGAAUGAUAAAUAAUAGUAAACGGAGCACAUGUUCACUUUUGAAUAUAUAUAAUAAGAAUGAUAAUUAUUUGCAUUUAUUCAAGCCACUAAUUCCUAGCAUAAAGAUUUUGUUGUUCAGCUUAAACAAAAUUUUAUUUAAUCAGUAUAGAUGUAAUGAACCAAUUACCAGAAUACACGAGCAAUUGUUUAAGCGAAUUGUCUGCGAUAUUGCAAAGGAUAAAGUGAAGUUAAAUAGAAAGAUUAAGAGAUUGAAAAGGACGUACAAUGAUGCUAAUGGAAAGAAUGGUAACGGAAGUAGUGGCAGUAAUAAUAAUAGUAAUAGUAAUAGAAACAAUAACAGUAGUAGUAAGAGAGAAAAAAAAAUCAAUGACUUAAUGAAGGAUUUAAGGGAUUUAAGAAUGUUUGAGAAGAUAUGCUACGAGUUAUUUAAUCUAAAAAGCAAAACCGAAAGUGAAAAUGAAAGUACCGACAAUGGAGUGGAUGUAAGCGACUACACCGAUAUAUCUAAUAUGAACAGCGAGGAUGAGAAUUGCUGCAAAGUUCAGAAAAAUUCAGCGAAGCAGGAAAAUAAUUCAAAAAUGGGAAGAGCAGAGAUUAGUAAUAACAACAGUAAUCACAAAAGUAGUGGAAACAACAUCGAUGUGGACGAUGAUGAACACGUAACUUUGAUUGUCCCCCAGAAAAAAAAGGAAAAUGUGAAGGAUGAUCAGGAAGCAUAUAGUAACAAAGAGGACAAAUAUAUCAAUAUCUUAUCUCAUCAGAAAAAAGUGGCGAGUACAGAAAAUGUAGUAUCAAAGAACGGCAAGAAAAAAAAACAGAUGAGUAAAGACUAUGAAAAUGCAAGGAAACAGAUUGAAGUGAAUAAAAAAGAGGAUAAUACCGAGUCGUGCGAAUUUAGCAAUGGUACGGACAUUUUGGAUAACAAUGAUAACGACAACAAUUACAAAAAUGACAAUAACGGCAAGAAGCUAAGUAUCCAAAAGAACGUGAGCAACGUGAACCCGAAUGACAAUUACUAUAAUUAUAGCUGCAAUGAUGAUGAUUAUUACAAUAACAAUCGAAGCAGAGACUCAGAUAACUGUGAUAGCAGGUCGUGCAAAAAGCGCAAUAUAAGUUCAUUAAUUUAUAACGUUAUAAAUAAGAAGAAAGUAAAUUUUUUCAAAAAUUAUAUUGUUUGUGAUAAGGACAUAUAUAAAACCAUAGAAAAGUCGUCUUUUACGGAAAUACCUUAUGUUUUAUUUCUUUAUAUGAAUUGUUUCAAGAAUUUGAGAAGAGGAGAAUUAAUUGAUAUUCCACUGUGCCUUGACAUAUAUGAGGAUAGGGGGGAGGAAGAAGAAGUCGAAAGUAAUAACAGAGAUGAUAAGAAUAAUUUAUAUUUUGGAAUAAAAAAAAAUGGAAAUAGUAAUAGCAAUGGUAGCAGCAGUGGUAGUGGCAAUGGCAACUGUAACAGUAACGACAACAGCAAUGGUAGUAUUAAUGGUAGUAUUAAUGGUAGUAUUAAUGGUAAUAUCAGUAGCAACAGUAGCAAUAGCAGCAGUAAUAAUAAAAGUCAGGAGUCUUCGAAUGAAGAUAUAAUCACUUAUCACUUAUAUGCCCUUAUCAUAUCGGAAAGUAAAGAUGCGAAUAAUUUAACCAUACCUACAUGUAAUAAGCUAAGUGAUCUAGAAUUUAAUGUUGCUAAUGAUAUGAAUUGUAAUUCAUCAUACUCCUAUUUAAUUAUAAGGCCAUAUAUUAAAGGAUCGUGGUACAAAAUUUAUAAAAAUAGAAUAACGAAACUCAUACAAACAUGUGAGUUUAAUGAAUGGAAAUGCCAUAAAGACUUUUAUUGUACUAGCUGUAUUUAUGUAAGUGAUAAUUAUUAUGAUAUGCAUAAUGAAUUUUUUUUAAAACAGUACAAUAUUAAAGAUGUUAAUUUCCCAUUAUAUAUACAUACGUUAAGGGAAUUCGAGAUAGAGGAAACUGAUAUUUUUGAAGUUAAUAAAAAUUUUAAAAAUGAUUUAUAUUCCAUUCUUACUGAUAAGAGUGAAGACAAAACAGACGAUGAUUUAAUUUAUGAGUUAAGGAUACCAUUAGUAAAACAGGCCGAGCAGUUUAAUUCUAACACGAGUACAACAAUUGACAAGAAGAACAAUGGGAAUUUAGAGGACGGCACCAGUAAUGUGUACAAUGAGAUUAUGAAUAGUCAGGAGGCCCGUGAUGAUGGUGAGUGUGAAUUCAAGGGAAGGGUUGUUCAUGGAAGGAGCAAGAGUAGCACUGUUCGUAAUACAAGUUAUAUAAGUAAUUUGUGUAACAGCAGUAGUGGUAGCAGUAGCAGCAGUAGUAGUAGUAACAGUCGCAGAAGAUGUCGCAGUGGUGGUAAUAAUAGAGCGGAGGAGGAGAAAAAGAAGAAGACACACGGGAGAAAGGAACAAGUUAAAGUAAGUGUAGAGAAUUAUUGCUCAAAGAAUGUGUGUAAUGAUUUAUGUAUAAAUAAUAAGAAUACUGAAAUGAUGAACGUGAAAAAGGAAAAAAUGAGUGAGAACAAUAUAUCCAUGUGUAGAAUGAAUAAUUACUACCCUUUUAUAAAUAAUGAGAAUGAUUUAAUUUUGAACAGUUUGAAUGUACAUCACAGAAUAAUGAUAAAUAUUAAAGAAGAGUUAUUUGAAGAUGCCAUUAAUAUUAAAAACAAUCAAAAUGUAUCUUAUAAUUGUACAAAGGAUCCAAGGGUUCAAAUGUGUAUUGUUCUUAAUAAGAACUGUAGUAAAUUAAAACAAAAUAAACAUUUUUAUGAUUUGAGAAAUAUAAUAAAAACAUAUGAAAAGUUUGAUGACACUCACAAUUUAAGUCGAUUUAAAAAUAAUGGAUUAGAUGAUAGGAGCGUAACAGAUAACAUUACUAGAGGUUUUAUUUUAUCAGAAGGUAUUACCCAAAUGACGUUUAGUCAAUUUUACAGGAGUGAUCUAGGGGAAAAGGAAAACUCGCAUAAUAUAAGUAGCACAGAGAUUGGAAGUAGCCAUGAUAAUAGUGGACAUAGUGAAAAGGAAGUAAAGGAAAAAAAAAAAAAAAAAAAAAAGGGGCUAAUGAUGGAUGAUGGAGAAAUGGAUGAUGAUAACAUCCCAAAUGUACAGGAAAAGAAAGAUAUAAAUUAUGUACUUCCAGGAUUCGAAAAUAUGGAUGUAUGUAUAGAGCAAGGGGUUGGAAGCGAAAUAAGAACAACUCGAAUGAAUGUUCUGAAUGAUAUACAAAAGUCGAAAAAUAAAUGUCAUAUGAAAAAAGAAUAUCGAAAUGUUAAUUUUGUAAAUUAUCAUAUAAGUAAUGGUAUAAUAAAUACGAACGAUUUAAAUUAUAUAAAGUAUGUAAUGCAUUUACAGAAAUAUUUAAGGAAUAUUCAAAUAAACAAUAAUAAAGAUUGUUGGAGUGAUAAGAAUUCCAAGUUUCGUUUUAAUAGUCCUUUUAAUGUUGAACUGAAUACAAUUUUUUAUAAUUUUUUUAGAGAAAAAAUAAAUAUUAACAAUGUGAAGAAAAAUUAUUGUGAUAAUGAUGAUAAAUUGGAAUUACAUAGUUAUUAUUUAAAGACUUGUGUAAAUAUAUUUAAAACUUUUUUUCAUGAAUAUUUUUAUAUAAAUUUUACAAACAAUUCAGAAUUAAAGAAAAAAAAAAAAAAUGCAUACAAGAAUUUUUGUAUUGCUUUGUCUGAUAUAUUUUAUAAUAAUUUAAGUUUUAACACAAAUGAUGAUGAUAUUGAGGAUGACGAAAAUGAAAAUGAGAAUUUUGAACAUAUACAAGGGGGUAUAGCUGUGUAUGAAUUUUAUGAAAACAGAUUUAAAAAAUUAAAAAUUAUUUUAAAGAAAAUUUUUAUGUAUUUAAAUAUUAUCUUUAGAAUAAUUAAAUAUAUAAAAUUAAAAAAAUUGUUAUUUAAUGAAAACUUUGAUUUGCAUACUUGUAAAAUGCAUGAUGCAUUUUUUUUCAAUUAUUUAUAUUUUUUUUAUAAUAAAUAUUCGAAGAAUUGUCAAAAUAAAUAUAUCAAAAAAUUAUGCAGGAGAUUUUCCAUAAAUAAAAGAGAAAUUAUUACGUUCCUCAAGAGGAAUAUUAACACUGCCAAAGAUGAAGAUUUUUAUUUUUUGGAGUUUUAUGAAAAGUUGUUCAUGAGUAAUCACGGGCACAAAUCGUUUAACACGGACGAGCAUGUUAGCAGUAGUAAUGAGAACACAAAUGGUAGUAGUGUUAGUGUAAGUAGCAGUUGCAUAAAUGAUAACUGUUUAGGUAGUAACUGCAUUAGUUGUAAAAAUAAUGAUAGUGCUAUUCGGGGGGAGGGUGAGAAAAAAAAGCAAAAUGAAGAGGUAAAUUUGAAUAAAUUGAACAAAAUAGAAAAGCUGUUCACUUAUUGUAAAUGUAUACGUGAUGAGGAAAAAACUGAUAUGUUUUUUGAAACAUCAAAUCACAAGGUGGAUUGCGUUUUUCGAUAUUUCUCAUCUAGUUUGCACGAAGACAUUUUUUUUUUGAAUCAUAAAAAUAAUGAUUUUAAAAAAAAGAUGAAUUAUGCAAAAAAUCAAAAUUGGGGAAAGGAAAAAAAAAAAAUAUUUUUAAAUAGUAAAAGAAGCAGUAACGGUGAUAGUAACAGUAAUAAUAACAAUAAUAAUAGCAGUAACAAUAUGAACAGUAACUAUAACUGUAACAGUGGUAAUAACGCGAAUUUGUGUAUGAAAAAAAUUAUAAAUUCGGAAGAGGAAAAAACUCCUAAGCAAAUGGAAUUGUUUCUUUUAAAUUUAUUGAACAGAAAAAAAAAAACAUGCAUUUUAUGUUAUUGUGUGCGAAGGUAUUAUUUGAGAUUUUUAAAAAAGUUACAAAAAAAUUUAAAUUUUGACAUUUUAGAGAUACAAAUAAAUUUUAUAUUUGAUAAUAAUUAUUCUGAAAUUAUAAAAAUUUAUAACAGAAAAAAAAAUAACAACAAUUUAGACAACAGUAGUAGUUGUAAUUGUUCAAGUAUUUUUAAUUAUAUACAUAUUGAUUUUAUUGAAGCAUGCAUAAUUUAUUUAUUGCAAACAAUGUGGAAAUAUUAUGUAUGUGAUAUUUUAACCAUCCCAAAUGAGCUAGAACAAUUUUAUGAUAGUUUAUCAAAAAAACAUAAAAGAAAAAAAUAUAAAAAUUCAAAGGAUGAAAAAAAUUGGAAUUUUAUUAAAUUUUUGAAGGAGGAAAAAACAAAUAACUUAAUAAAUAAAUAUUUGUCUAAUAAUGAAGAUAAUGAUAUAUUAUCAACAAAUGAGGACAGUAAUAAUGACGAUAAAAUUGUGCAUAACAAUUUGUUACUUUCUAAUUUUCAAUUUAUCGAUAUUAACGCCAUAAAAAAGAGCAUUGCCUCCGCAGGUAUCCCUGGAAGCACCAGCGUUAUGGCGAAGCACGCAAAACAGGAGGGUACCAAUAAUGGCAAUAGUAAUGGAGGUAAUAACAACAUUAGCAGUAAUGCAAAUGGUAUUGGUAGCAGCCAUAACAGUAGUAAGAGCAACAUCAAUAGUAAUAACAAUGCCAGUGGAGUAAGUAAUAACAUUAUUACCUCCAGAAGUGGUGGUAGCAGCAAACCCAAUGACAGUAACAAAAACUCCAAAGGCGCAAAUAAGAACACCGUUGAUUAUGUGAAUGUUGAACAAAGCAGGGUGCAGAAUAGUGAAAAGAAUAACACGCCAGAUAUCUCCAUUGACUUGAGUAUAUUAAAAGAAGAGGAGUUACAUGAAUGUGUUAAGAAACACCAGAGUACACAUAAUUUGCUGAAAAUUUUACAAAGUAAAUUACAAAACAAAGAAUUAACAAUUUUGUUGCAGCAGUUUCACUUUCGAGGUAUUAAGGGUAGAACAGUGGCAAGUGGUGCCAAAGAAAAGGAUGUUUUAGUAGCAAAAGACUCACAGGAGUUAAGUAAAAAUAGCAGCAAUAAUAAGAGCAUCAGUAAUGGUGGUGGUAAUAGCUUGGGACCGCUUCGUGCUGAGGGAAGCAACGGUAAAAAGGCAGUAGGAGAAAGAAAAGCGAAAAAAAAGGAUGACAGUUCAUCGGCAGAAGUUAUGACGAAUGAUGAUGGAAGUGGGUGCGUAAAAAAUUUUACUAUGAAGGAGAAAUUGAAAAAAGAGAAUAACAACAUUUCAGUAAUGUUUGAAAAUAAUUUUGAAAAUUUCUUUAGUGGAAGCAAUAAUAUGGACGAGAAUUUUAUAUCGAAUUUUUAUGUAAAUUUAAAAUUACUAAAAGAUAAAUUAGAUAACAAUAUUAUAACAGAUAAGAAGAAUAAUAAUGGAAAGGAUUCCGAUAUUAUGCAAGAAAAUUCUUUUACAAAAGCCAUACAUAAAGUUAGUGAAACGAUGAGAAAAUAUAAUAUCAAUAACAUUAACGAGAUUAAGAGUGUGUUAAUAAAAAAUGGAUAUGAUAUACGUAAAUGUUAUAACGGAAUAGAUUUAAUAUUUUUGUUUUUAUCAAAAAUUAAAGGAGUAAAUGUUAGUUUAUUAAAUGGUAAUAAUUUUAUGAAUAACAAGAAUGUAUAUGAAAUAGUUAUGCAUAAUUUUAAAAAAUUAAAUUUUAGUAAUGUAGAAAGGGAAUAUUAUUGUUUAGAAUAUAUUUUAGGAGCAUAUGAAUAUAUUGAUGAAACGUAUAUAUAUAAAAGAUAUAGAUCUUUUUUCCAUUUUAUGGAUGUACUUUUUACUAUUCACAAUAUAGUAGUUGAUGACGCAGAUAUAACUCAGGAUAUAUUUACCCCUUUUUUCGAUGUGUUAAAUAAUAUAUUUUGUUAUGGUAUAGGUAUCGUAGAUAAUUUUAGUGAACAUAGCAGAGAAAUAAUAAAAAUUAAUAGCUUUGAAUAUUUUAUAGAUAAUUUACAUAAAAGCAUAGGUUCUCUAUUAAUAAUUGAUAGAAAUUUUGAAUGUAAAAGAGAUUUAUUUUCAUUUAUACAAUACAACUCCUUUUUUUGGUAUAUCUUAUAUAAACAGUAUAACAUGUUUUUAACCUAUUAUGAUACGAAAAAUCAUUGCCAUAUUUUCAACGCCUUCCUUUUUCAUUUUUUUAAUUAUGUUUUUGAUUUUCCAAUGGAUAACUUUUUCAACCUAGAUAAUAAAAUAUCACCACAUAGCCAAUUACUUGUAGAUCAGCUAUUUGCCAAAUUUAGUUUUUUAAAAGAAGAGGAGAAAUGUUUAUUUAGAAUUAUUUUACGUUUUCUUUUACAAGAAGAGAAUCAUUUUUAUAGUUACUACUAUAGCUCUGAGUUGUCCCUUUUUAUCUUCAAUGCUAUUAUAUCGCUGAAUAACUUUUGCCACAACAUGAACGAAUCUAACCUUUUUUCCAGUAAUUACACGAAGUUAAAUAAGUGUGCUAAUUUUUCAAAGCGGGGAGUUAUUGACAAGGUGGAAAAUAGACAGUUGGUGGGAGGCGCCGAAGAGGAAGACGAAAAGGUAAAGAAGAAGGAUACUCGCUAUAAGACUGACAAGCUUGAUAGGCAUUUCUAUAAUUUCAUUUUGAGCAAGGACAACUUGGUUCCCCUUGUGAAAAGGAAGAAGAAGGAUCUCCAAAAAAUUAGAGCACUUCUUAAUUUUCGAAUGACGAAUAAAUCCAUUUAUUUUAACAACUCGAUAAAUAUACUAAAUUUUAUCACGAAAGAUUAUAAAAAAUAUAAAUUUGUAAAUCAUAGUAAUUCUAUUAUGAACAAUAAUAUGUUUUACUUGGCAUAUAACUACCCGGUUAUUAACAUAAACCCCCAAUACAAUGAUCUUUUAACUAUAUACCUAAGGAGUGUAUAUAGAAAAAACGAGAAUUUUAGAAAUUUGAAUAACUUGUUCUACAUAUAUAGUAACUUCUUUUACAAUUUCCAUAAUUUAUUUUUAUUUCUGAACAAGAGAAAUUAUUUAUUUCAUGCCUUUUUCAAGCUUAGAUUCAAGAGUAACAAGUGUAAUCAGAUGCAAAAUUUUUUUUACAACUUUGGAAAGGAAGAAAACAUGAUCGGUACGGAGUUAGAGGAGGUGGGUAGUGGUGGUAAGGACAAUAUGGAACAGCGAGUUGUGGAAGAAGAUGGACUUAUACCGAGGGAUUGCCAAAUGAUGCAUGAAGAAAGGACGGUAAAUAAACAACUGGUCGAAGCGCGACUUAUGCCACUGAACGGAGAAGGCAUGCUUGCAGAAGGAACAACAAACAAACUAUUACUCGAAGUAGGAAACUACGACAGCGCAAUACACAACUGCUUGAGUGAAAUAUUUUAUUUAUAUGAUGGUAUUAUUUAUGAUGUCAAUGAAAGUGUAAAUAUAGAUUACUACUUCAAGGGGGACAAGGCAUAUUUAAAUUUUGUAAAGGAUAAAAAUAUGAAUUAUUAUGAAGAGAAGCAAAAUAUGUUGUAUGAAAUAAAUGCCAAGGAGAGGGAUAGAAAUAAUGAUGAUAUAGAAAAACGAAUUGACAAGUUUUUACGAAAAGAGGUAGUAGCACUUGCAGUUAAUAAUAAUAAUAAUAGUAUUAAUAAUAAAGGAAAUGAUAAUAAUAAUACAAACAGUAGUCGUCUACUAAUGAAUGAAAAGGAUAACUUAAAUGUUAAUAAAAAUAAAAAUAGUAACAAAAGAAAGAAAAAUGAAAAAAAUGAAAAUUAUUUACAUGAACCUGAAUUAGAAAAAGAUAUAAUGAAUAUUAAUUUUACAAAAAGAGAGUUACUUGGUAAAAAUUUACCUUCCUUUUUUUAUUUUCGUUCAUUAAUAUAUAAUAGUAAAAAUGUAGUUAAUCAUCAUAAGGCUGACGUUGUGCAAAAUAGUUGUGUAUCCUCUAGUGUAGCCAAGAAAUAUUUUUAUAUUUCAUUAUUAUUUAAUAUAGACUUUUACAAUGUAAGAGGUAUGCAUAUAGAAAAUAAAGUAGUAUCAGAACGAACUUUGCUUAUAAAUAAAAUAUUAAAAGAUAACAAAGGAAGACUGCUUAAUGUAAAGGUUUUUCACAUUUAUAAUAUUUUUUCCAAAAUAAUCGAAUUGUAUUACGAGGGGAAAAAUUGGAGUGGUGCAAGUAGUGCGAAUAGCGGCAAUAACAUACACAUCUCUAAUAGUAGCAGCAGCAGCAACUAUGUUAAUAGCACGAAUAACAUGCAUGUUAAUAAUAAUAGUAAUAACUUUAAGAAAGAGGAAACACUUAUGAACGGCUUAGACUACAAAACGGACGAAGAAUUUUAUUACAAGGCGAAAAUGAAUCCUUUGCAUUUCUUUUUGUUGUAUGCAAUUAAGAAGGAUUAUGAUAAAAAGAAUAAAAAUAAAUUAGUUUUUAUGAACGUUAACUCAGAUGUAGAGGCAUAUAUUGAAGAUAAAAAAGAUGCAUUAUACAAUUUUGAUCUAAAUAUUUUACUUAUUCCUAUCUCGUCGCAUAUUGUGUUAAGCAAGUACAACGGUAAUAUAAACCUGUUUAACGACAACGACUAUCCGCUGAUAACGUUUAAGUAUAUAACCCCCACGCACGAGCUCAUAUGUAUAGGAAUCAUCAUUUGCUAUGCCAAGCUGUUGUUGCAAGACUACAUAUUGAACUGGUUUAUUCCGAAAAUUAAGGAGAGGAAACUAAUAAAAGAAGAUGUGGAACUAAAAUUAGAAGACAUAAAUGUUUACGAAGAAUCGGAGUUGUAUUGCUUAGAGAGGAUAAGAAAGUUUUCUUGUAGUAUAAAAAAAUUAUUAAAAAAAUAUAACAACACUAUUGUUAUACAAAUUAAAAAGAGUUGUAGCAUUAAUAAAAUAAAUAUAAAAUGUAUAGAAUAUUCAAAAUUAAACAGAACAAACUACUGCUCCAGUUGUAGAAGUAAUUACAUAUGUUUAUGUGAAAAGAUUGAAAAGGAGGAAUUUAGAAAAAAAAUGAAUUACAUAAAACAGCAGAAUAAAUUAUUCAAAGCGCUUAAGGAUAGCUAUGAACUGAACGAUGCUGAAGGAGGAGGAUGGGAAAGGAACCAAGAAAAUGGAUGUAAAAACAUAUCGGAGGACGGGUUACACAUGGACAGUGAGAACAAGGGUACCUGUUGUGACGGUAAAGAUAACUCAUUUAAAGGUGAGACAAUCAUAAACAACAGUAGCAAUAUUGUCGUUGGUCCUCUUAGUGGGGUACUAAAACAAGUAGAUAUAACAAGUGUACACGGUAUUAAAUGCGUUAGUGAUGAUAGUACCACUGAUAGAUUAUUUGAAAAUCCAGAUUUAAUGAACCAUUUAGAUAUAUUAGAAAACUCAUAUCGUUCAACCAAUAGUUCAAUUUUGUCCUUGUCAAGUGACAACAUAUCUAACUUUUCGGCAGAUGAUAAUUCAUUUUUAGACGAAAUUGAAAAUAAUUUACCAUUAUAUAAAAAUGAAUUAGCAGAACAGAAAAUACUAGUACGUGGUGGUAGAAAUAAUGUACAUGAAAAAAAUUCAUAUAAAUAUAUAAACAAUAUUUGUGUUGGUAAGUCUAAUAAGAAUAAGUAUACAACCCAAACGGAUGAUAAUAAAAAUUAUGGUGUGGCCUAUGAUAUUGAAGAAAUUUUGUUGACAGAGUUUGAUAAGCUAAGUAAAGAAGAUGUAACCAAUGUGUAUAAUGUACACAAAUUUUUUGAAAAAAAUACAGAUAAUGCAUACAAUAAAAUCAUGCAACAAGAUGCUUUGAGGAAAAAAGAAAAUGCAAAGAAGUUCAAGUCAACAUUUGAAUUGAAAGAAACACGAGAAAAUUUGACAAAAGGCGAUGGAAAAAAAGUGAAAAAUAUAGAAAGAGAUGAAAAGAAUGGGGAGCACAAGUGUAUGGUCAAAGAGGAUAUUAUCAAGGGCAAUCGCACAACAACUUGUGAUGAAGGUAGUCUUGAAUUUUCAUUUAAACUACAUGAAGGAGGUGCCAUGGGGUUGGUUGAUCCCACGCAAAAUAAGGAUGGUAGAGACAGUGCAAAUAAUACCGGUGUUGGAAGUAUUAACGGCAGUAGUUGUAUUAGUGGUGGACUUCUCACCAAAUCUAAGGUGGAAGAACGUACAGAAUGCGAAUUGAAGCAGAAUAUUUCGAACAGUCAUCAGAAGGAGGAAAGUGGAAAGUGUAAGGAUAAUCGUAUUACUUAUGAUAGUCCUUUAUUGUUAAACAGAAAAGAAGGGGUGGUUCACGAAAAUACAAUAGUCAUCGGGCAUACAUCUGAGAAAGAGGGAGGAAAACGUAAUGUUCAGCUAGGUGAUAACAGUAGACUUGAUGAGCAAAAUGUUGGGAAAAAAAUAAAGAAAGAAAAUGAAAGGGAAAAGGAAAAGGAAAAAUUAGAAGCAAACGAACGCAUGAAUGAUAAUAAUUAUGCAAAUAUAAUCAUCCAAGGAAAGAACAAUAGCAAUAACGAUAAUAGUAAUAAUAAGAGGAAAACUAAAAAGAAAAAUGAUAAAAGUAAUAUACAGAAUAGUGAUAAUAAUAAAAAGAUUACUAUGUAUAUUGGAGUGGGGGAAAAAGAAUACCAGUAUGAUAAGGAUAGCAGCAACAAAAAGGGUAGAAGUGACAGGAAUGAUAGUAGUAAUAGAAACGAUAGCAGCAAUAGAAAUGAUAGUAGUAAUAGAAACAAUAGCAGCAACGUGAACAAUUGCAGUAACAACAACGAUGAGGAGAGCGAAGGAAAUGACGACAGACAUAAAGAUAGCGAUAAGAAGAAGAGCAAUAGAAGUAGUAGUAGUAAUAAGAAGAGCGAGAGGAAGGAUAAGAAUAAGAAGAGGAGCAAUGAAAAUAACAACGAAAGUGAGGAGGAAAAGGGUAAAAAUAAAAGUAUAAAUAAUAGAAGUAACGACAAAAGUAAUGGAGGAAUCAGUGAAAAGAUUAACAACACGAGUAACAACAAAUGUAACAGUUAUGCGGGAAGAAAGUCAGAGGACGUAAUAAACAAUUAUUUCAGUAAGAAUGUAACUCAGUAUAUCGAUAAAAAUGAUAAAUUGGAAAAUAUUGCAUCUUUUAUAUACAAUGAACUAAUCGAAAUAACAAAAAAGAAAUUAAAAAAAAAUAUUAUACGAGUGGAAAAUCUAGCGGUAGAUAGUUAUUUAAGUAUAGGUGAAGAGUUUAUAAAUGUUAUGAAUGAAAUAGUUUUAAAAUUGAGUAGUAAGUAUAGCUUAGAGGAAAAUAUGAAAAAACGUGGGAAUAAUGGUAGGAAGAAUAAUGCUAAUAGGAAAGUAAAGGUAGCAGCUAACACGAAAAGAAGUGUUCACAGCCAUAAUAAUAAUAAUAAUGACAGUGGUGCAUGCAAGGGAGUGGAGAAAAAGGUAAUAAAAAUUAACGUAUAUGACAAUGAAAACGUUAUUAAAUUUAUAAAUAUGUUAAAGAAAAAACUGAUAUAUAAAAUUCUCUUUCCUGAUGCUACUACCGAUAAAAGUAAAAGUAGAAAUAAGAAAAAUGUAAAGAAAAAAAAACAAGUAGACAUCAAAUAUAUAUAUGAUAUUUUCAAAAGGGAAUAUACAUUCCAUGAUAAGAUUUUAAUACUUAUACAACAUCUAUUAGACAUUAAUAUACGAACAAAUAUCUUUUUAUUUGUUUAUCUCUUUGUGGGUAAUUUUUUAUCAUUUGUGGAUUUUGAUUACAUUUUAAACAUUAUAAUUUAUUAUAAUGAUUAUGUAUAUUAUAAUAAAGUUAUUUUGGAGGAUAAUUUUUUUCCUGAAAAUAAUAUUAUGAACAUGUCAGAUAUUUUUGAAAAAAAUGAGGAAAAUGUUCAUAACAAUAAUGACAAUUUGAUUUUGUUCAAUAUUGUUGCGAGCAAUUUAAGCAGCGAUGACGUGCAAAUUUGUUGCGGUAAAACAGGCAUAAUAGUAAAAAAUGGUACCAUAAGCCAUGUGACGAACGAAAGAGAAAUAGGCAGUGAUAAUUACUAUAAUGAUAAGAAAAAGAGCAAUGAUAAUAACAAUAAUGUGAGUUCUAGUGAUAGAGAAAAACUGUCUAAGGAAAUGGAGGAUGAGGUAAAAGAUAGGAAAAGCAGUGCUUUAACGAACAAGGAAGAGUACGCGGCAAUAGAACAAGGUGCUCCGACGAGCGUUAAAAACAGCAGCUUAAAGGUAAGAGAGAAAUGCGUUUUUGAGCAGAGCAAUUAUGGAGGUGGUAACCCUAAUGAGGAGGGUGAGAAAAAGAAAAAGAAAAAUGCGGAAGAGGAAACGGGGGACGAUGUGCUAGUAAACAUUAAUAUCUGCAAAAUAAUUUAUAUACUAAUACUGAUUAGCAAUAAAAGAAUCAUUAAUGAAUUAAAUAGAGAAAAAUACAUCAAAGAAUUGAAUGAAAAUUAUUACCUUCAAAUUGAUAAGUUGUAUUAUGAAAUUUUAAAUGAUGAUUAUAGUAAACUUAUAAAGGAAAAUUUCUCCAGGGAGUUUGUUGAAAAUUAUAUUAAAGAUGUAUCGUUUUUACAGAAUUUAACAAUUGAUGAGUUAAUAAAUAACGAGGACUUGCACAUAAGAGGGGACAAUAACAAUGCCCUUGCAAAGGACGUGGAUGCGACACACGAGAGUAGCAAUAAUAGCAGUAGUAAUAGCAAUAGUAACAACAAUUGUAAUAGCACUUAUAACAAGCUAAAGAAGCAAGUUAAUAACACAGAAAGGAAAAGAGGAGGAGAACAGGAGGAGAACAAAAGAGAGGAGGAGGUAGUUAUGUCGACUGAAAAUGGAGUAUCUAUAAUAAAAGAAAACGAAAAUAUGGAUAAUGAAAAUAUUUUAAAGAAAUAUAUGAAUAAACACAAUUUUAUAAAAUUCAAGCUAAAUUUCAAAAUAGCAAUUAAAAAAAUUAAAUAUUUACUAGAUGGAGGAGGGGUAGGUAAUACAUCCUUUUAUUUUUUAAUUUUUAAAUACAUGAAUGAUAUCAUAAACAUAAUACACGCUAGCGAUUGUAAAGACAAUGGAGGGGUAUUGUUCGAUAUAACAUCUCCUAGUAUGUUGCACAGUUAUGACAAUACCCAACUACAACUAAGUGUUAAGGAUAUAGAGCAGUUGAAGGAAAUUUACGAUAACGUCAUUGCGUAUAGCAGUAGUGGUGCAUGUGUUAAUAACAGUGUUAGAAGUGGCAAAUUGGGUAUGCUAAAAGAUGUGUACUUGUUGGCGUACUUAUUGAAUAGCGAAAUAUAUAACCUACUGAUGAAAACAUAUAACAGGAGGAGUAACGUUGGCACAGGUGUUAUUAGGGAAAACGAUGCGUUAUCGAAAACAGGAAACAUUAUCAUCAUCAGCAGCGGAGGUAUGAACAGCGAUAUCAUCAACAAUAAUAAUAGUAGUGCCACAAUCGGUGAAAUUGGCAGUAGUGGUGGCAUCAAGGGGUACGUGGUAAAAAAUGAAGUUACGGCGAGAGGUAACGAAAUAAAAAUAAUUAGCCAAGGAAAGGGCUAUCCCAACUCAGAUGUACAAAAUGAGAGUGGAAGUUGUAAAGUUGAUAAUAAUAAUAAUAAUAGUAAUAAUAAUGAUAAUGAUAAUAAUAAUAGUAAUAAUAAUGAUAAUGAUAAUAGUAAUAAUAAUGAUAAUGAUAAUAGUAAUAAUAAUGAUAAUAAUAAUAAUAAUGAUAAUGAUAAUGAUAAUGAUAAUAAUAAUGAUAAUGAUAAUGAUAAUGAUAAUGAGAAUGAUAAUGAUAAUAAUAAUAAUAAUAAUAAUAAUAAUAAUAAUAAUAAUAAUAAUAAUAAUAAUAAUAAUAAAAAUGAUAAUAAUAAUAAUAAUGAUAAUAAUUUGUGUGAUAGAAAAGCAGCGUUAAAAAUUGACCCAUGUGCGACAGUGUAUGAACAAGCGCCGUCAGUGAAUAAGAAUAUGGCAAAUUUAAAAAAUAGUAACAACAAUCCUUUACAGAGCGUGACAACACAAAAUAAUAAGAGUAAAAAAAGCGUCGUGAUAGAUGAUAAUAAAAGUAGUAGUUUGGCUGCUUACAGCGUAAGUGAUAUAAUAGCAGUGAAUGAAGAUGCGAGAUCAAGAAAGGUGAGUGAUCAACUGUCCGUUGAUAAUGGGAAAAGUAGUGCUUUAAAUUUUAAUACAACGAUUAGUAAUAGUAUUAUUAGAAGUGGUACUAAUGUGACUGCUAACAGUAGUUCAGGUAAGUAUGUAAAGAAGAGUAAAUUUAAAAGGAUAUAUAAUAAGGAUAUACCAUAUAUAUGUAAUGAAGGGAAAACAUGGAUGGUGAUAUACAAACCGGCAUAUUACCAUUGCUCAGCAUAUACUUCCCAUAACAGAUACAAUUUUCUUGUUAAUAUAAAUAAAUAUAGUGAUUAUUUUUAUAAUAUAUUAGAAAAGAUAUGUAUGAAAUGUAAAAUAAAAACAAAAUUUAUGUGUAUAGCAUGUAAGGAGAUGGAGAAUAUAUGUUCCAAAUGUGAAGGUAUAGUAGCAAAAUUUUGUAAAAAAUGUAAUCUGUUAAUUAAAAAGAAUAGAGAUGUUUUGAAAAUAAUAAAUAAUAUUUCUUUGAAUGAUGUAAUAUAUAGUGGACGAGUAGAAUCUUUUCAUUUAUUUAUGAUGAAAUCAUUUCCACACUUAGAAACAGUAAAGAAAUGGCAAAAACUGGAAUGUGGUUUAUGCCACCGAAUAGAUUUAGAAACAUCUGGUAGUUUAAUUAUUGCAAAAACGAAAGAAGCUAGAGAUUUUCUUUUUGAUCAAUUUAGGAAAAGAAAUGUAUAUAAAGAAUAUAUUUUAUUAUGUCAUGGAAGAAUUAAAAAAAAAAAAGGAUUUAUUAAUAAAUCAAUACAAACACAUGAAUAUAACAAUUUCCAUAGUAAGAGUCAUUUUAGUUUAGUAGUUAAAACAGGAGGUACUGAUGCAUACACGGAAUAUAACUGUGUAAAAGUUUUUAAGCUUAAACGACAUAUUGAGGAAAUUAUAAAAGAAGUCUUAGAAGGAAAGUACAACUGUAACAGUACUGUGAAAAAAGAUAUAAAUAAAGAAAUAUAUUGUAAUGACUAUUAUAAAUUUUUGGAGGACGAAAAGAGGAAUGUUGUACAUAUUGUACAGAGAUACCUUGUUGAGGAUGAACUGUGUAGUAAUAGAUUUACCGGAUCGACUGUGAGUUCACCUACCGCACCUUACACUGCAACUGCAGCAGGUGACUAUAACAUGGAAAAGAAUAAGAACUCCCUUUAUUUCAUGCCAGAGGGGGAUUACUCUUCCUAUGUUCAGAAGAAGAAAAGCAACAAUGUUGUGAUAAACUACUACUCCGAUUCGGAGCUACUGGAGGAUAAGAAGAGAAUGCAGAAAAGGGGUAAGAAGGGGAAAAGUGACAAUGGGAAAAACGGAAAUGGCAAUGGCAGUGGUAAUGGGGUAGAAAAUUUAGAUCAGGUGGACAACUUAUCGGAGGAGGAGUUGAAAAACUUAAGUAAAAGAGAAGCACUAAUACGAAGGCUAAAUAUAUCGAAAAUAAAUAAUAAUGCGAAGGACAGAAAUAGCAGAUUCCCUUAUCCGGUAAUUAAAAGGAAGGUGUGUCAUCACUUAUGUUUUCGCUGUAACUUCAUAUCAGAGGAAUAUUUUCAAACGUUUUCAAAAGAAAUAGAGAAUUAUACAAAGGAAUUUACAUUAUGUAAUGUAAAAAUUCACACAGGUAGAACACAUCAAAUACGUGUACAUAUGAGGCACAUAGGUCAUCCAUUAGUUUCAGAUAAGAAAUAUUUAAAUCCAUCCCUAAGUAAUUUAGACAAGUUUUGGUGUUUUCGAAUGUUCUUACAUUCAGUUAUCUUAGAAUUCAAUAACCCUGAUUAUUAUUUCCAUAAUUUAGGAGAAGAUUUAAAAAAAAAAAAAAAAAUGUAUACUAGUAAUAAUUUGCACAAAAUACCGGAUAGAACUGUCAAGGCUAUUUGCCCUCUAGCAAGCGAUUUACAAACAGUACUUAACAACGAGUUAGAAAUUGCUGAAAAUUUAGAAGAUGAAAAUAGUUAUAUUAAUAGAAUUUUAAAAAUGAAUAUUAAUGAUAAACGAAGUGAAGCUUUGAAAAAUGCGAAACCAAUUAUCGAAGGACACCGAAUGGAAAGCAGUAACAACGAUCUAGGUAGAGAUAACAUGUUGUUCCAUACACGUGAAGAUAACGCUGAAAGGAUAAGUGCACUAGGGGAAGGUUUAGAACAAAAAAGCUAUUCAAAGGUGGACAGGCAAAAGAUUGAGGAACACUCCGACCAGCUGCAAGGUGAAAUAGACGACGAAGGGGACGAAGAUGAAGAUGAAGAAGAUGAAGAAGAAGAUGAAGAAGAAGAUGAAGAAGAAGAUGAAGAAGAAGAUGAAGAAGAUGAAGAAGACGAAGAAGACGAAGAAGAAUUGGAGGGGGAAGGAGACUACGAAGCGGAAGAAAAAACCAUUGGAGUGCAAAAAAUCAAGCCCAAGCAAAGGAACAAAGAAAUGGAAAUAAAUGACAAGGAUUAUGGAUACAGCGACGAUGUGGAUGAUAUAUGCAGGGAAAAUGGGUCAGAUUUGUUAGCAACACAAACUGUUGAUGAAAAAAAUGCAUUAAAGAAACAAAAAGUACAUAAAGGAGAUGAAUUAUCAGAUGUAGUAGUAUCGGCAAAAAAUAAAAAAUUAACGAGUGAGGAUAAAGCAAUUUCAGCAUCAUAUGGUAAGGAAAAGAAUAAAGAUAUUCCUAAAAAAUCAAAAUUCAAUGUGGUAGGAACUAUACAAAAAAGUGAGGACCAUUACGAAAAACGUAAAAUUAUGAGCAACAUCAUCCGAUUAGUUGAUAAUAGUACAAAUGAGAAACGAACUAGUAAAAUCAAAGAAAAGGAAAAGGAAAACGAAAAAAAAAAAGAAAAGGAAAAGAAAAGAGAAAAGGAAAAAAAAAGAGAAGGAGAUGAGAUAGAAGUUGACGAAUCAGAUAAAGCAGAACUGAUAAAAAUUCUUACAAGCACAAGAAAUGCAAACAAAAAAGUGCAAACAUUAAACGCAGGUGAAUUUUUCCAAGAGAAAAAGAAAAUAACAUCCAACGGUGAUAUUAAAAGGAGCAUUAAUAAUUAUAAUAAAAAUGAUAUGGACAAGGUACUACGGCACGAUAAGCAUCAUAUAUGUAACUACAGUGAUGAAAGAGAUAUCAAUACGAAGCUAAAGACAGAUUUUCAUUUUCUCACGAACGAAGUAAAAAUAGUUAUUGACAGUAUCAUAAGGAAUAGCUUUAUUUUUAAAGUCUUUUUUUAUUUUUCAAAAUUGAAAAAAACAUUAUUCUAUAUAUUAAAUGCUUUAGGGAAAGAGACAACAACAAAGGAGAAACAAAAGAAUUACGUUGAAAUGAACAUAGUAGAAGAGUUGUCAAAAUAUACCAAUGAAAAUGAUGAUAAAGUACCAGUAGAAUUUGUGUAUCAAUUAAUCAUUUGUAUAACACAUUUGUUUAAAAAGAAUAUACGAGCGAAAAAGAGGGGCAAUGGUCUUAUUAUAUACACACUUAAAAAGCACCUAAAGUACUAUAAGACUACCGAUAUGGUUAUUACCACUACGACCGUGGGAGCUACUCCUUCUGCAACUGCUUAUAAUGGUGUUUCCCCCAGAGCGCACAUACCUAACAGCAAGAAAGAGAAUAUAUUUGUUUUUCUUCACAAUAUUCUGUACAAUUUGAAUUAUGCCUUAAAGGAGUACGGGUUUAACCCAUGUGAAGACUUAAAAAAUCAAAUAGAACGUAAGUGUAAAAGCCUAUUCUUAAAAAUUACGAAUAUACUUGCCAUUAUAAUGAAGAGUUUUAAUGCUGAAAUAUAUUUAAAGAAAAACUUUAAGAGUGUUAUGAAAAACAAAAAAAAAAUUGUUACCUUAAACUCUGUGGAGCAGUUCUUUUUGUUGUACAAAUUCUACCAAGAAAGAAAAGAAGCUUCUGAUGAGAAGAGGAGAAAAAAGAAAAGGAAAAUUACAAACAAAAGUGAUAGUUACUUAAUCGAGGAAAUUAAAAAGGUAUUUUCCCGAGUAUAUGAGAGUGAUAAAGAUGUUGAUGAAGAAGUUGAUGUAGGUAUAGAUGUGAAAGUUGAUGUGGAUGAUAUCGAUUCGAGCAAACGGGGUAGAACGAAGGGGGACGUAGAAAUUGAACAUGCAAAUGUAGGUAAGGAAAAGGAGAAAAUAAAAGUAGAAGAAGGGAAGAUAAAGAAAAACAUUCACAAGAGCAAUAGUCGUAGCAACAGCAGCAGUGGCAGUAGCAAUAGCAGCAGUGGCAGUAGCAAUAGCAGUAACAGCUUCAACAUGGGUAUGAAGAGUAACAUGUUUAGUAAAAAAGAAGAGGAGGAGAAAGUAUUAACACCAAAUGAUAAUGUACAGGCAAAAAUGGAUAGUACUAGUAGUAAUAAUAACGUUAAAUCAAAUGAGGGUCUUAUCGCACCUAGGAUAAUUAAUUAUGAUAAUUACGAAAAUGAACCGGUUGAUAAAAUUGCGAAAGGAGGAGAUUAUAACAGUGCCAGUAACAAUAAUAACAAGAAUACAAACAAUAAUAAUAACAGUAAUAAUAAUAGCUGUAGUAGUAAUAGUAGUAGUGCAAGACUUGGCAAUAAUGGCACUCAACUUGAUACGAGUAACCGACUCAUCCAUAAUUCAUAUCAGCAGAUGAAAAGGAAUUUCAAGGAGGAGAUAGAAAUACCUGACGUGGUGAGAGAGACUCAGCAGUUAGUGUGUCAGAGCAAAGAAAGUAACAUACCAUGUUCCUCCGUAAAAAAAGAUGCAUUAUAUCGUGUUGGUUACGAUUUAGCUGAUUUAGCGAAUAAUAAUUUAUUGCCACCUGACUAUGUACAUAAUAAUAGUAAUAAUGACAUUCACAGCAGUUUAAUGAGCAUUAAAAACUGUAAUAAUGAGAAAGCAAAUAUAGAAAUGAAAAGUAACUUUGUGAAUAUUGACAUGGACAAGAACCGACGAGAAAACAGUACCUUCUUUGCAAUUAUGGAAAACAAGAAUAAUGUGCUCGGUAAUAACAACCACGAUAAUUUUGUUGAUGGAUUUAAAAAAAGUAUGUCAAAAGAAAUUAUUAUGAACGGUGUAGGAGAAAAGUUUAACAUGAAUAAUAACAGUGUUAUGAGAAGCAGCAUAGACAACUGCUUGAAUGGCGGUGUGAAUAGCAGAAUGAAUAGUGGCAUGCAUAGCAGUGUAAAUUGCAGCGUAAAUAGUAAUGUGAACAUGCGCACAUCCAAAGAUCCCAAUGACAGUAUUUCCAACGAAGGGGAUGAAAAUAUUUAUGACAUUUUCAUGAAAGAGAUAGAGAAUAUAAAGAAUGAAACAAAAAUAUGUGAAGAGAAUUACGAAAAAGAAAUGAUGGAAAUAAAAAAUAAAAAAAGUGAAAUAAGAUAUAUAAAAGAAAGUAAGAUAAAUGAUGAAAUCAAUCAAUAUUUUUCAGAUAUAAAUUUAAAAAAUUCCACUAUUAUUUUAUUAAAUGCAUAUCAAAUAUAUGGUUUGAAUGUAUUUAUAAAAUUACUAGUGUAUGAGAAUGACAUUACAUAUGUGAAUGAUUUUAAAAAACAAGAUGAAGCCAAUAUUGAAUUUUUUAUAAAUCUUUCUAUUGAUAAAAUAUUUGAUUAUUUAUUAGUAAAAAAUAUUAUAUCAAAUAUUAAUAUAAAAAAUUUAAAAUUGAAAUUUAUUCAAGGGCAAAAUACAUUUGAGGAAAUAAGAAAAGACGCAGACCACCUUAUUAGAGAAAAUAUAAAUGAACAUAAUUUUUUUUAUAUUCUUUGGAAAAAUACAAAAAUAAAUGAUAUAUAUAAAAGAAAACAAAUAAUUUAUAACUUUUUGAUAAAAUUAAUUGAUAAAAUUGUUCAGAAAUAUUUGAUUAGUGAAUAUAUUGCUAUUAGGAAAAAUGAAAUUUUAGAAAUUAUGUACAAAAUGUUACAUAAAAAUAAGAAAAAUGUUGUACAUACCAAAGAACAACACCCAUCCUCAUGUGCCUAUUAUGAAAGCAAUCAUGACAUUCGUUAUGCAGGAAAGCAAGCAAAAGCAGAUGGUACCAUCGAUAACCAAUACCCAAGCAACUAUCACGUGCAAAGCACCAAUAUUGGAAGUAAUGUUAGUGGCAGUAUAAUCGGCUGUAUCAGUGGUAACGUUGGUGAUAAUAUGAACGGCAAGGUAUGUUUCGGAGGGAGGGAAUACAUCACUAGUGGCAACAUAAACAACGCUAACUGUAACAUCGAAAGGAGGAAUAUGUAUAAUGAUCAAAAGACUAUGAAGGAGGAGAAUUGCCAUCAUGUGUCUUACCCGAAUAUACACGAAAAUGUAAAGAGCAAUAUGUAUUUUAGUAACCUAAAUAAAUUUUAUGAUAUAUACAGUAAAUUAAACUACAAUAAUAAUGAUGGGAACAUAAUGAUGGGGGGUCUAAGCAAUGUGAGUGGUGUGUAUAAUAACAUAAGCAAUGCAAACAGGGAUGGAAAUAUUGGCAGAAAUGUCAACAAUAAUAUUCUACUUGAAAAGAACAAAAUGAGUAAAAAUAAUUCUUAUAAUGAUGUGAAUAUGAAUAUGAAUGCAAAUGUGAACGAAGUUCAGUUAAAGGAUAAGUUAUACAACGAUAUGUACGAUGCUAAUAAUAAUUAUAAGAGCAACUCCUUCUGCAUAAAUAAUUUAAGCCAUUAUCAAACUUCACACCAGGCACUAACAAACAAGGGUAGUAACAAUCCUAGUAGUAAUUCCAUGAAUUUUAAUUGCACUUGUAAUCAUGGGAAACCGUCUAAUUAUUUAAACAUUUCGAAUGACAGCAAGCUGGGUAACUACAGAGGCAGCAGCAACAGUAACAGUAAUAGUAGCAGUAAAAUUAAGAAAGAAAUGUAUAAUGAUAAUUACUCCAUAUUUUUUAAUCAUGACAGGGAUCAGAAUCACUUUUAUGAAAUAGAAGAAAAAAAAAAUAUACACAAAAAAGGGGAGAAUGAAUUGCUGGCAAAUUUUGGCACUAUUAACGAUUUGGCUAGUUUAUAUAUGGGCAGUAAUAAAAUUCCAAAAAAUAGUAGUAACACUAACUGUGUAGGUAAGGGUAGUAGUGGAAGUGGUGGUAGUCAUGGUAACUGUAGAAGUAAUAGCUUGUCAUUCCUUGAUAACUUUAAGAGUUCAAUACAACAGCUGAUAAGCGAUAAGAGAGAAAAAGGUGAACUAGGAAACGAACUUGAGGAUAAGCUGAUAGAAGAGCAUACUUUACAACUGGGGGGUGAAUAUAAAGGAAACGAAAAAAAUAAUAAUGUUAAUAAAAUAAAUUUUUUCGAAAAUUUUAUGAACAGUUCAUACGAUAAUAAAAUUGGCAACACGGCAAACAUAGUAAAUAUGGCAAAACUUGAUGGUAAUAGUAAUGGCAAUGGUAGUAAUGUCGAUUGUGAUGGACAUAGUUUUGACUGUGUUAACUUAUUCACUGGCAUGAAAGAAAGUCAUAGGGAAAAACUGAAGGGGAAAAAGGAACAAAAGGAUAAAAAGGAGCAAGAAAUAGAUAUUAGUCAAAUUAAAGAUAAGAUGUGUGGGUACACGUUUAACAACAAUAUGGACAGCGGUGCAGGAAGUAACAGUAGCAUCGCUGGUGGUAAUAAUAACAUGGGAGAUGGUAGUCGCAGAAAUAGCAUUAUUGGCGGAAACUAUGUGGAUGGAGAUAAACACUUGAACAGUCAGGUGCCGAAUAAAAUUUCAAAACAUUUUAGGAGUACAAUAUCAGAAAUAUUUUACAAUAAAAAUUUAAAUGCAUUGAAUGAAGAGAAAGAUAACAUAAAUGGAGUAAUUAAUAGCAGUGACACGUUAUUUAACUACUCCAAUUUUGAUGAUCCAAAUAAGAGCCUAAAUAAGAGUGCAGAUAAGAACGUAAGUAAGUGCAUAAAUAAGAACGUAAAUAUGAGUGUGAAUAUGAAUGAACAUAGUAACAAUAACGUGAAUGAAAACAUAGAUAGCAAGUACCUUGAACUGUUCAAUAAUAUUACUGAUAGUUUUAUAUGUCCCAAUAAUAAUGUAUUAAAUAAGAAAAAUCAUAUUUUGAAUGAGUACAAAGAUGAUAACAUAUUUAACGUAACAACAUCAAAUGCUGCUAUAAAUCAUAUGAAAAUGAAACAUACACAUGCUUAUUUAAUUAAUAACAAUAAUAAUCAUACAUCAGCAAGUUUUAUGAACGAGCCAUCAUAUGUUCCAUCCUUCAAUAAUUUGGAGCAUUUAGAAAAAAAGGCACAGGACGUUAACACCGCAAAACCGUUACCAUUUAGUAGGUUAGGAGUAGAUGCCCACACAUUGAACUACCUGGGAGAUAAUAAUGUUAAUAUCACUUGUAAUAGUAGUAAUGCAGUUAGUAAUGGUAACAGUAAUAGUGUCAAUAAUAAUGCCAUUGGAAGUACCAUUAACAGUAAUAGUGGAAGAUCAAACAUAAACAUGAGCAGUAAUAUGCAAAACUUGAAGUACGCGCAAUUUUUUAAGAACAGUAUUCCUUAUGGAAGUGAGAAUGGAAAAAGCCUUAGUGAAUCAAAUAUCAUGAAUAUCUUAUCUGAUUUUAACAAUAUGGACGGCCUCAAAAUAAUGAGCAAUAACAACAGUGACACAGAUGAUGCUUUCCAAUUUGAUAGCAACAGUUUAAAUAUAAACAACAAUAAAAGAAAUGUGUUGUCUAAGUUUAAUAUAUAUAAUCAGGAAAACAAUAAUAAAAUGGGCGAUCAAAGCAACAGAAGUGAUAGUAAUAAUUAUCCUCAUCUUAAUAAUCAUAAUAAUAAUAGUAGUAGUAAGAUGUGUGGAGGAAAUGAAAAUAACGUGUACAUGUCAAGCAGCUUCAGUAACAUGUAUGACAGUAAAGUCAAUUCUAUGUUUUAUAAAAAGUACUGCAAUUCAAAGGGAUUUAUUAAUAUUAGAAAGGAAGAAAAAGAAGACAUGUGA